ACAAUGGCAAACCAUCUUCAAGAUCCCUUAACCACGUAUCCUAAACCGGAUCUUACCAAAGAGCAAGAACAAGUUGACGAAGAAAUGAUGAGCUUGCAAGCGUUGAGGAUCACGAACUCAUUGGCUUUUCCCAUGGUUUUCAAAGCUGCCUUGGAGCUUGGCGUCCUCCACACAAUUGUUGCCGUUGAUGACGGUGUAUGGCUCUCGUCUACCGAGAUAGCUUUUGCUCUCCCUACCAAGCCCACCAAUCCAGAGGUGCCAAUGUUACUAGACCGUAUGUUACGGUUACUCGCCAGCCACUCGAUCUUGAAAUGUCGUAUAGUUGCAUCUGGAGAAAACUAUCGAACCCGAAAGACUCAAAGGGUGUAUGCAGCCGAACCGGUUUGUGCCUUUUUUGUAAACCGUGGUAUCAACUCGGGUUCUCUCAUGUCUCAAUUCAUGUUGCUCCAAAGCGAAGUCUUUUUCAAAACUUGCGGAUAUUAUGUGACUGGAACGACAAAGAUUGUAUAAAGAUACUAACAAACUGUUGGAAGAGUCUGCCGGAGAAGGGGAAAGUGAUAAUAGUUGACAUGGUUGCCCCAUCAG